AUGAUAGCCGCGAAUCAAUCAUACGCUAUAGGAAGGCCGAUGGUAAACGGUGACGCGUUGUCCAAACUGCCCGCUUCCCAAGUGCGCGAGAUGCGCGAGGGGUUUCAGAUUUUGGAUCGGGACAAUGAUGGGUUGGUCAAUAGGGACGAUGUGGUGGACAUGCUUACGAACCUUGGCCAAGACGCAUCCACAACCGCAACUUCGCAAUUCUUCCCGCCUGGGGCGCCACAAACGCUGCCUCUUCCCACAUUUCUCUCAACGCUGUCGUCUCUCCUCGCGCCAUUAUCCUCGCAGACAGAACUGAUAAAUGCGUUGGCUGCAUUUGAUGAUCAUGACAGUGGAGAGAUAGAUGUAGGGGAGCUGAAAGAUGCGUUGUUGCACACUGCGCCUGAUCCGGGCGAGAGGGGAGUCAAUGCUAGGGAGAUAGAGGAGGUAUUAGGUGGGUUUGUGGGGCGAAAGGCUUUUGGGAAGGAGAUGAAAGGCUCCGGCGGCGGUGGUGGAAGAGGAGAGGUGUUCCGGUAUAGAGAGUGGGUUGGGGGGCUGAUGGGUGGAGAGGACAAGAAUGAUGGGGAGAAAUGA